AACUAAAAACAGAAAAUUGAAAAAAGGAAAUUGACAAGUUACUUGGACACUAAGCAAUUACGUUAUUUCCUUUUUGCGACUCACCACUAUCGCUAUAUAAGUUCUACUAGCACUCUCAUUCUUUCCUUUAUUUCUUCUUCUACUUCUAGUUUAUCAUUCAUCAAACCCUAAGUCACCUGAGAGAAUCAACAAACGAAGAAAGAACAAGAUGAAGGAUUUGAUUGCUGCUGCCCUCAAGAGUACUUAUGAUACUCGGAGCCCUGGUGGAGUCGAACGAUGCAUCGAUCUAUUGAUUCGGUUGAAGUCCAUGUCUCUCUCAGCGAAGGAUAUUCUUUACUUCUCCAAGUCGAUCUUCAAACUCGAGACUUUGAGAAGACACCGAAACCCUAGAAUCCGGGAAGUAUCUCACUCUUUGCUUACUUCCUUGUUGAAGACGCUCUACUCGCAAGGAUCAGACAAAUCCGCCGGUCUUAACGCAGUUAGUCUGAAGAGGAAAGAGGCAAACACCGGGUCUUUGACGAAUAAAAGGGCAAAGACCAAUCUUUUGGUUUCGGACCAGAAACAAGAUCACAAAACUCUCGCUCGGGAACCUGUGGUAAGGAGGACUGAGACAAAGAAGACCGAUGCUUGCAUGUCUGUUACUACCACGGCUCUUCCUCAGCAAUCGAGACGGGACAUCAAAGAUGGUAAGGUUACAACCAAAACCUUGAUUCAUCCUCCGAGGAGAGCCCCUGCUUGCAAGAACGUUCCAGCUAAGGAUUCUAGAAACCCUAGAACAGAGGAGAUGGUGGAGUUGUUUGAAGCAGCAAAGAAAGCUGCUGACGUGGCCAACGCUAAGGGUAUUCUAUCUGGCAAAGCAGACGCGUCUCGGUGCGUUGAAGCUAUCUUGUUACUCACGAAGAUGAACGUCACUCCAAAACCUAAUGAGCCAAGGAGGAUGAUUGAGAGGCUUCAGGUACUUACAAAGCACAAGGACCGUGCGAUUUGUAAUGCUGCAUCAGCCCUUCUUCAACUUUGGAGACAGAGGAUCAGAGAAGAAGAACGUAAAGAGUCUUCUGCCAUCAAGAACCCUCGUAAAGCUCAAGGAACAUGCGGCAAGGGCUUCACAAGAGAAUCUACAAAUGCAAUGAAGUUAGUGAUGUGAAGAUUGUAGCUUUGAACAAAAUGUCGCUGAUAGAUUCAAUAUAGCUUGUAGUAAAUCAAUGUAUCAAGAGUAGUAUGAAAGUGAGGAAGAGAUUGAAACCAUUUGUAAGAAACUGAUUUGAUAGUCAAUAAAUAAAAUUCAUUUUGUUUCUUGAUACUGAAGUUACUAAGUCAGUGGUUUCAGCAACUCUCUGUUAUCAUAAACUAGUUUAAAGUAACACACAGCAUACUAUUAUUAUCACUAAGCAUUUGCUCCUAAUGAACCACACAGGCUUGUAACAAAGCAAGAGAGUAUUUCCUAUCACGAAUCCAAACAACACUUCAAAGCACAUACACUAAUUGUUACUGCUCUCCACUUCCAUGUUUCUUCUUCUACUUCUGGCUCUUGUGUCGAUGGUGGGUUUGUGGUGAAGCAACUUUCUUCAAGAGGAAUCCCCACAUAACUCUGGAUUCCAUUUAAAUUCUCCCUUGUGGUAUGUCACCAGUGAGCUGAUUGUCACAGAGACAUCUUCCACUGUACGCCACAUAUGAUAGUCACAACUGGAACUCGUCUUUAAUAGAAGUUCUUCCAAAGCU